CGGUACUUAUUAUAUUCUUACAUACUCAUAUUUCAUCUAACUACAAAUAUCUGAAGCUCGUAAUCUCGCAACAUCUAUAUACCAAGUCAACGAUCCCAAGAAAAAUAAGACAAAAUAGUAAAAUCAUGACUCCACUUCCAGGGGGUUGCUACUGCGGUCUAAUAAAAUACACCAUCACGCUCGAGGACCCAGAGUCGCAAGCACGCACGAGUAUCUGCCACUGCAGUAACUGCAAGAAGUUUACGGGCUGUGAGUACGGCAUCACAACUAAGAUCCCCAAGUCGACAUUCAAGAUUACCCAAGGAAUGGAUCAUAUAAAAAUACACGAAGCGGAUAACGGGAGCGGCGUAUUGCUACAUCGCGAGUUCUGUGAUACGUGUGGCGGGCCGCUUUUGGAAUACGGUGGAAAUGCGGGAGAUAAUAUAUACAUCUUCUACGGUACGAUGGAGGACCACGCCCGCGGUCAGGUCGAGCCUAAGGGCGAGUUCUUUUGCAAGCUGCGGGAUCCAUGGAUGCCGAGCGUUGAAGGGUUAUUUCAAAAGGAGGAAAUCAAACAGUAAUAACGGAGAUAUCACUGGUCCCAACAGGACUGGGUAAUGUACUACUCGGGUAGGUUCUAUUGUACUAAAUUCAUGUGAAAUGUGGAUAUGAAAGAAAAGGGGUUAGGGGGUCAAGAACGUAUAAGUCAGGAAGAUA